AUACUUCCUUCUGAAAUCUAGCAUGAAAGAAGCAUGAAAUGAAAUACUAAGUAAAGUACAAGUAUAAGCUAUGUGAACUUUCACAUUCAACUUUCUUCCAGUUGAUUCAUACCCUGCAGGAAUCAGUCUAAACCAACAAGAAGUCCAGAUGUUGCAGCACUGUGUUUCAGUGUCUGAUUUUAGACCAGUCAACCUGCCAAACUCAGAUCAUAUGCAUGUUUCUCCAAAAGACAACACAAUGGGAACUACAAAUGAAGUGCUUUGCUUGAACUGGCUGUUGUUUAUUGUCAAUGAGUUUUUCCGCCUGUUGCUUCAUUCUUAAGAAAAGGAAAGUAAAGCCAGGGAUGAAGGUGCAAUUGUUCUUUGAAGAGGAAAUAACCUGAAUAGCUUGAAUGGAGUCAUAUUCUCCUUUAAAGGUGUGGGCGGGGAGUAGAGAGUUGGGUUUCAGUGCCACCCCUUUUUUUCUAUUCUCACACACACUGUAGUGCCUUCCAGUCACAGUCCAGAGAGACACUUUAGGCUGUGUGUGUGUGUGUAUGUGUGUAUGUGCUUUGGUCAUAGACUCAAGCUUUCCCUGGAUGACUAUGAACCGAACUGCCAUCAAUGAAGGACCACAAAACGACACACCACUGGGAAACUUCCACAGCUUGUCUACACCUUUUACCAAGGUCAUUGACCUCUGAGAAAGACGUGAUCCACUUUCAUCUCUAUUGGCCAAUGAUACUGAACUUCCAUGUAUCAGAUGAGCGCUUUUAUCAAGUGAGAAGAUGGCCAAGGUGUACAGACUCUAUGUAGGGAUAGUAACAGCUCUGGCCUUAUGCAAAUACUCCCUGGCAGAAUGGAAUACCACAGAGGAGACUGCCAAUCGAACUGUGUCUGAUUGUCAUCACCAUGGCAACAGAGACAAUUGCACAGACACAAUAGAUACAGGGCAGUGGGCUGGCCACUUCUCAAAAUGUCCAGAGGAACUUACAAACUACUGCAUCCAUGGGGAGUGUCGUUACAUUGAAGAGCAGAAUGCACCGUCCUGCAGGUGUCAGCAUGGUUACAUUGGCGGCAGGUGUGAAUAUCUGGACCUAGACUGGCGGAUAGGAGAGAAACGACAAAUCAUAAUUGCCUGCAUCAUAGCGGGGCUCGUUUUUCUCAUUCUUGUCAUUGUAUUUAUCUGCAUUUGUUCACAUCGUAGGUGCAGAUUGUGUUGGCGGAGGGGAAGACGGAGGGAAGAACCAAGGGACGGGACAGAAAAGCUGAGCAUGAUGGAUACCAGCACGGCACACACAACCUUAAUGGUAGACUCAACAGAGCCACUACACACCGACACUGUAUGAGAAGUGUGUGCGACCACAAGUCUGGGAAUUGUUUAGAUAUGAGGGAUUGUUGUCCUUCAUGUGACAGCUGCUGCCUUUUGUCUAACAGUGACAGUAGGGUGCCAUAGGAGGUCCCUCUGUGCCGGACAGGCCUGAGGCCUGCUCAAAAGAGGAGGGACAUUUCUGGAUAAAAACUGUGAUAGAUCAAGCAGGAGAACAGUAGUUUGCAUCCUCUUCUGAAAGGGCAGCCUUGUCUGAAACUUUGAUGAAGCUUCAGAACAUAGAAGAAGAGGAACACAAGUUGGAAAGAAGUGAUCAGCUGAUUGUGUGUUGGCAAGGACACUUUUUUUUCCAAUGCUGUGGAGCAACAGACACUUAGCACGGCUGAGUGCACAGCACUAAAUCAGUUGUUGCUAUGUUGGAAAAAGCUUUGACACCAGCUGGCAGCCACUGAUAACAGUUGAUCAGGGUAUUGUACAACACAGGAAACACAGAAAAAUGAGAGGAAAGGGACUGUGUAAAGAUGCACUCCAUUGUCUCGUACUGUAAAUAACUCAUUAAAUGUAAAGAAAUAUGCAAUUAUUAUAAGUACGAGGAGCUACACAAUACUGUUCCAGUAUGCUGUAUCUUUGUCUCAUGUUGUUUCUACUUUGUAUGCUGGUAAACUAUUGAUCUACAUCACAAAAUCAACAGUUAUUAUCAUUUAUUCAUCUUUUGACAUGUCUCUGUGUAAACUAACACACAGAAUAAUGUUACUUAUCAACAUUAGCAAUGCAAGAAGAGCCUUCCAUAUACUAAAAUGCCGCAGUUCUGGACUCCAGGGUUGGAGGAGGACAAGGAGAACUUGUGGUGGAGGCUUUUUUGAACUGUAUAUGUGGAGCCGAGCAGCCUCCAAGCUACAGAGGCAGAACAGCCAAGCCUGUGUGUGGAGGCUCAACUGAGGUGAAAGUGCUCCACUGUACUAGUCAGUUUCCACUGGCAGCCUUUCACUGUUUUUUUUUAAACGUGUAUCUGUACGUGUAUUACCUCUGCAUCUAAAUGUAGAAUGAAGAGAAUUAGGGCAGAGUCAGUGAAGUCUGCGCCUACUGUCUAUAUGCCAACUAUUAAUAAAUAUGCCUACUGUA